AUGAAGCUCUUACUAGUGACGGCUGUGAUAUGCAGUGCCCUCGCGCUGACCCUGGGCGUCCCCGUCCCGUCGGCGAACCCCGACCCAGCGCCCGCCCCCGCCGCCCAGCCGGAGCCGGCGGCGCAACCAAAGACAGACAUCGAGCUGAUGAAGAUCCCACUCGACGGCGAUAAGGAACUGGACGUCAUUACGCUAAUCGACUCGGAGGAUCAGAAAAUCAACGAGCGCAACAAGCGAACGAUCGGAAUCCUGCGCGAGCUGUUCCCAACGAUCUCUCAGAUUCUGGACCAGAAGAUCCAGAUGAUCACCUCGUACCUGUUCCGCACGAUCGGCCCGAUACUGCUGCGCAGCGGACUCGGCCUGGGCGGCGGCGGCGGCGCGGGCGGUAACCGCGGCGGCAGCAGCAGCUCGUCCGACGACGACGACGACUUCGAUUUCGACGACGACGACGACGACGCGGAUAAGAAACCGUCCAGCGGGCCGAAGGUGAGCAUCUCGCUGCCGACCUUCCCGCCGUCGGACGACCUCGACGACGACGACAACAACGACGGCGAUGCGAAGGGACAGGCAGGCCCGGUCACCGCCACGCCCCUGCCCGAACUGCGGCUCGGCGACAGCGGCGACGACGACAAGAACGAGGUGCGCAAGCGACUCGCCGCCGACGCCGCCACCACGAACAGCGCGAUCGACCGGAUCGACCUGCUGGCCGGCCUGGAACCGACCAGCACCGUGCCAAGCGAGACCGAGUCCAACCUGAUCACGACCAACGAGAACGCUAACACGCUCGAGACGCUCGACCUUGCCGGCCUUACCGAUACGCUGAACGCGAUCCGAGUAGCCCGUGCCACCAGCGACGAGAAGGCCGCCUCCUCCAACGACCAGAACGCCGAGUCGUCCGCGAACAGCUCCAGCCUGGACGAGCUAACGCUCGACUCCGAGGGCAACGAUGAGGAUCGCAACAAGAGAUUCCUGUCCUUCGGAGGCAGCAGCGGCGGAGGCGGCGGUUCUGGUAACUUCCUGUUCGACAUCAUCCGCCUUGUGUCGGGCAGCUCGGGCACGGAGCAGAGCGACGAGAAGGCACACUCGCCCGACGACCACGACCUCGGCAAGGGUGACGGCUACACCGAGGGCAUUCCCGGACCAGUGACGCGUCUCUUCGUGCUGGCCAACCGCGGUCUGUCCAACCUGAUCCAGGAUCUGAUUCUGCCGGCGCUGCUCGACGCCAGCAGUCCCGCCCUACCGACGCUGCCGGCCCUACCAGAUCUGUCCAACAUGACGGCAUCGUUCGCGAACGCCAUGAACGAGCUGAAUCCGCUCAAGGACGCCAACAUGAGCCGUGCGCUCAACGAUGAGCUGGCGGCCGUGCGUUCACUGGCAACCGCCAUCGGGGCCGGGUUGGUCGCCAACCUGCCGACCCUAACACCCAGCUCGCUUACGGCACUGACCGCGGACCUGCCGCCCGCAAGCAAGCUUGCCCCAGCCGCACCGGAAACGAAUCCGCCGAAAGAGCUGUCCACUACUACCAUCGAGCCGCCGACGACGCCAGCCGAACCGGAGCAAAUUUCACUGCCACUGUUUUCCUUCUUCUAG